UCUUAUGCGAAAUUAAAUACACAGAGUUUAGAUAUUUGUCACAUUUAGAAGCAGACAUCUACACAUAUUUUAAAAUUAUAAUUCAUUGGUAAAAAUAACAAACCCAAUGUGACCUCAUUACUUAGAUGUAAGUGAGCGAUCCAGAGCUAUUGAAACGAAACAAAAACCGUGCAUGCGCAAUGAAGCAGAUGACAUAAUAGCAAUGAGAGGACUUUUUAUUUUCUGUUUCAUUUUUUAUUAGUCCGGGAACUUACAUUGAACUUCGGAGGAUGGCAUUUUUCAAAUUGAAUUAAGCAAAUAAUGUCCUGUGAAUGUGCAAAGAGGGUACUGCUUGUGUAGAUUUCGCAAAGAGGGUACCGAUAUGGAUAUGCACCGUGGCUUGAAAUUCAUGUAGCCAGUCAUCAAACAUGUUGUAGAAGAGAGAACUUAAAGUAUCAAUCCUAAAAAAAGAUCAUGGCUUCAAAGGACAAAAACUAUAGGUUAAUUACUCUUGUUACUGACAUUUGCCCAAUACCUUUAAGAAGGUAUUUCCUUGAUUUAGCGAAGUCUGAUACAAGUCCAGGUGUCCCUUUCACUACGCUUGACCAGUAUAUGUUAUUCAGACAAAGCGAUGUUAAAAAAUCUAUACGGAAAGAUCAGUAUGGUACAAUAUAUCCAAAUGCUGACGAGACAGAAUGGGACGUUACUUUACUAUCAGCUCUCUUACUUGGACUUUUUGAGAAUCAGAUGAAGAAUGGUGAAAACAGUUUGAUUAAAGUUAUUCGUAAAAAACGCAACAAACUGCAGCACAAGCCUGGAAGCGUUAUCACAGAUGAUGCCGAAUUCGAUUCAGAUUGGAAUGAUAUUGAAACUGCGACACAAACUUUAGCACUGAUAGUUGGUGGAACAACGUUUGAAAAUGAAGUAACAGAUCAAAUUGAAGCAGUAAAGGUCAAUAAUCUUCCAAGACUAGGCGAUACACUCAAAAGCUGGUAUGAAGAUAUCAUAAUUGAACUUAAGAACGAAAUCAAAGAACUCAAAGAAGAAACUUUACAAGUUAAGAAAACAUCUGAAUCAUCUUUACAGAUCCUUCAAGGUGUUUCUCAUAAAAGACCUAUUUCGAAAGGGGGACCAGCUAAAAAGGUAUUGAAAAUUGUAGACGUACGCGUGAACAAAUUAAGAGAUAAUUUUAGACAAACUAUAGAAAGGGAAUUACCAGAAGAUUUUAAAUGUCAACCGGAAGAACGUGAAAUACUGCGUAUUCUUGAAGAAAACCAUUGUGUAGUAGUCACUGGCUCCGAAAACACCAGUUACCUCGCAACAGUUUUAUCGGCGAUCAUUAGGUCGGAGAAAUACCCUUUAGAUAGAUGCUGUGAAAUGAAAACAGUUGAUGACUGGAAUAGUAUCGAUCCAAACGAAACAGAUCUUGUUUUAUUCACCGAACCUUUCGCAGAGCAACAGAAUGAGUCCCGCUUACAUCGCAUAUUCCAAAGCAUGCUAGAUUCUUGUAAGAUGCCGAGCAAGGAAUUUAGAAUCGAUAUUGUGAUAGUCUCCGAAAACUUAAAGGUCAACCAAUGGAAGGAGAAUCAUGACGAUAAUGAGAUCUUCAAAAACGUUAUUGAGCUGUUUAUGCCAACUGAUGAAAAGAACCCACUGGAUCUUGAAAAACGAAACAUAACAGAUAAGAGACAUGAUAUUUGUGGCGUUUUUGGAAAUAUGAUAGCACAAUCGGAAGUAUUCAUUCAUGACUGCAAAACAGACGCUUCUGACAAUAAAGAGCUGAUGGAACAAGCGCGACAAAAGUUUAAGAAACAUAAAGCGAUUGUGAUUACAGGAUCAAAGGGUGGUACAUCCACAAGAUUUGCAUUGAAAUUGGUUUCAUCACUUUACAGCAAAGAACAAUGUGUUAUUCUUACAGAGGCCAGUGACUGGAAACAAGUGACACUUGGAAAAGUCAGUGUUAUUGUCAUUGACGAAUUUGCAGGCAAAUACAAGUAUAAUACUUCCUUUGUCGAGGCUUGGCUCAACAAAUUUGAUAUAAUCUAUGCAGCUGUAAUCAAAGGACUGCUGAAUGUGAUAGUUACGUGUGAAUCAAGUUUCUUCCAAAAGGUUAUAAAGACUAUUUCCAGCCAUGCUCUACUGAAUCACAGAGUAAAGCUACCAAAUAAUGCUUUGGUCAAUGUUGUAAAAGAAGAGCCAGUAUCUCCCCAACCCGAGAACCCGAGCUCUUCAAAUACAGAUGAUUCAGCACAGGAACCAGAGCAAACACCAAGUACCAAUGAGGCAGUGAAACCAAAAUGUGCUGACUUUGUUAAGAUAGAAAUUGACAAACGGAUUUACAAAGAGUUCU